GCGGAUUUGAGCACGUACUUCUUCUGAAUGGGCUUUUUCCUCCUCUUCACCGCGUAGACGCCAACAUUUCCCUGCAUGGUGGCGCUCGGGAGGAAAUGAAAGUGCAGAGAUGGCUUCUGGGCCUGCGCCAGUGGCAGCUGUUGUCAAGCCAGUGAGACUUUGAUUGAGGCGGGUAGGAGUUAAUGAGUAACCCGGCAGAGGUGCAACCCUCAGCAGUCAAGUCACAAGAAGCAGCAAAGAUCACUGCUUGCCAAUUUUAGUUUUGGAUAUUAACCCGCAAGUGGCGUCACGAUGGCCGACUCGAACGUCCCAUCGUCCGGCUCCGCUUCUAAGCUGGAGCAUGUGCAAGGUCAAGUGAACGAGGUGAAGGUCAUCCUGAAGGACAACAUCGACAAGGUUUUGGAGCGAGGAGACCGGCUGGACGACCUGAUCGGCAAGACCGGAGACCUGCAGGCCUCUGCCGACUCGUUCCAGAGAACCUCCACGCGGGUGGCCAGGAAGUACUGGUGGAGAAACAUCAAAAUGCUCGUCAUCAUUGGCGUGAUCGUGCUGAUCGUCCUCAUCCUCAUCAUCCUGGCUGCCACCAAAGUGAUCUAAUCGGUGCACGCGGCCAUUUUGGAUGAAUUGAAAGGGAACGAGGGGAAGCCUGUUUGAGAAGAAUUGAGCAAUUAUUCAAGAGCCUGCAUAUGCAGCUGGAGGUCCAUGUACGUGUAUGCUUUCUUUUUUUUUUUUUGGGGGUGGCGGGUCCUCACGAGCAAGACAAUCCGGUACACACGCAACCGACUUCUGCAUUCAGCAAAACAAGUGAAAACACUUCCUUCCGGCACACAAAAAUGGCGAAAGCCUGGUGAGGCCGACCUGAACAAAAAUGAACGUAAAAGAAGUGAUGGUGCAAACGUCUUGCUCUAACGUAGUGCAUUAGCUCAAAAAAGAAUACUCAUCUGAAUAGUGACAUUAAGAAUGGAAGCCAAUGCGGUUACAUGAAUCGGACCUUUUAUUGAACAUGAGCUGAUCAAAACAAUACACUGCAAUCAUUUGCACUCUCAGUGCAAUGUGCUGCGCAAAUCAAGUGUCAAAACACACUGUCAACCCCAUUCCUUCCUGACUGUCUCACAAAGUCUUUUUGUUUUUUUAACCCAAAACUUUUAGACAUGGGCCUUUAAGCUUGUCGGCGCCGAUUUCUGUGCUCCCGCCAUGUUCUGAUUGGAUCUCGCGGGACGGGAGAAGUCACAUGAAUUGAUUGGGGGGGGGGGGGCAUUU